UCGUCCGCCAGCAGCAGUCCAGUGAGCAAGUACACUCUCCGCUACAUCUAGUACUCUUCCUAUUUUUACCCUCUACACCAUCGACAUCUACCUGACGGCGACUCUAUCCUUUCCGGCAACCGGAAGAUCCACCGAGACACAAGUGCCCAUCGAAUCCGGCAGUCUAGUUCCAUGCAGAUGUGGAGAAACAAGCGAGCCCUAAGCGAGAGUGAUUGUGAGGAUCUCUACCACGACGAACACUCCAAUAAAGAUUGUUCUUCACCUGGUGAAGGCUUGAACGAAUCUUGCGGCACAUCCAGUACAGGAGGCAACAUGACACGCAAAAGGAGGCGCGGAAUUAUUGAGAAGCGACGAAGAGAUCGAAUCAAUCAUAGUUUGUCCGAGUUGAGACGUCUAGUGCCAUCAGCUUUCGAAAAACAAGGAUCGGCUAAAUUGGAGAAAGCAGAGAUUCUCCAGCUCACCGUCGAUCACCUUAAAAUGCUCCAUGCCAAAGGUUUGGAUGCGCUGGCUUAUGAUCCACACAAGUUCGCUAUGGACUACCACAACAUUGGAUUCCGUGAAUGCGCGGCGGAAGUAGCGCGCUACUUGGUCUCUGUAGAGGGGAUGGACGUCCAGGAUCCGAUGCGCUUGCGGCUGAUGUCGCACCUGCAGUGCUUUGCCACUCAACGUGAACUCAGCAACAAACCAGUGACUGCUGGUACGGCAUCUGGCGCCGUGACUUCGCCCGUUUCUACCGCCGCAACUCCAUCAUCUGCCGUCAACACUCCGGCCCCCAGCAACGCUUGGCCUUUCCCACCAACUCCCAGUGGCUACGGUGGCGGGCAUAACGUCAAUACCGUCCAGCAUCACAAUUUCAACAAUCAUCCGGCAAAUAGUUCGGGAGGUCAGCAAAGUGGAACUCCCGGCCCUAGUAGCGUGUUUGAUCAGUCGGCUCACCACUACGGAAUGGAUAUGAGCAAUUCUUUUGGUCAUCCAUCUGCGAAUACUGCCCGUCUUCACCAUCCGCACACGACGAUGCCUCACCAUCACAGCGGCGGAACGAUGACGACGCUGCAACCCGUUCAGCCUGGACAUCCCCAUCAUCCGGCUACGGCUGCUUAUCCUCAUGUCAAUCAUCAUCCUUUCCCCUCGCUGGCCGCUCAGAAUGCCAGCUACAGCACUUCCGGCAACCAAGUCAGACCAUACAGGCCCUGGGGUGCCGAAUUGGCUUAUUAAUACUUACGCAUUUUUUGGAAAGGAUUUAGUUCUAUUCCAUUAAUAUGUACAAAUGCUAAUCAGUUUUUUUGCUAGUCAGCAACAUCUUCAACGAGACCAAUAUGAUUGUUCAGUUGAAUCUUUUUUAUUUCUAAACGUUUGUGCCCAGAGAAAGUAACAUGAGCUCAUAAGUCGCCUUCCUUUUCAAAUGUUUUAUAAUACCGAGCAAUUUCAUGACGUAAUUUACGACAUUUGGAUUAAUGUUCAAUGACGUAUGAGAAUGGACCAAUUUUCUUAGUGUUUUGUGAUGAUCUCUCGAUAUGCAA